GUCACAGCUCUCUGCUUCAGACUGUUGAUGUUUGAAUUCAUUCAGCUGAACAGUUAUACUCAGAAAAGUGAUGCAGUUUUUCUUCGUAUCACUCCGAACAGACUGCAACACUUUCAAUAUGACACUGUGUCUUUUGACUGUGUUGAGUCUGAUGCCUCAACUAAACUGAGAGCGCUCAAGAAAACUGAAAAGAAAUGUGUUCCUGAAUGUGUCAUCAAGACAUACGCAGGGUCCUCCAGCACCAUUAAGCGAGUCUAUCAGUCGGACAGUGGAGAGUACUGGUGUGAGACUGGAGGAGGAGAGAGGAGCAGCAGAGUCAACAUCACUGUUGCUGCAGGUUCUGUGAUCCUGGAGAGUCCUGUCCUUCCUGUGAAAGAAGGAAUCAAUGUGACUCUGAGCUGCAGAAAGAAGGCGUCUUCGUCCAACCUCCCAGCUGAUUUCUACAAAGAUGGCCUCCUCAUCAGCAGCUCUACAGGAGAGUUCACCAUCUGGGCUGUUUCUAAAUCUGAUGAAGGACUCUACAAGUGCAGCAGCUCUGAUGGUGGAGAGUCAGCAGAGAGCUGGCUGGCUGUCAGAGGUGAGACACUGCACUUGGUGUUCACCAUAGUGAUGGUGGCUCUGCUGCUGCUGCUGGUGGGACUGCUUCACUGUGGGAAACUCACAGUUACACAAAAGUAACUAAGGCUCCGUUUACACGAGGACGGUCUGAACAGAAGACGCAAAAGUGGCGUCUCGUCUUCACUUUUUAUUCCUCGUUUAGACGAGCGUUUUCGGGAGGAAAUCUGCUGCAUACGGUGACGCAAAAGUGUGUGAAAUUCGAUUGUAUGCAGCCAGGCGGCAUCACUUAAAGUGAUAAGAGCAUCUUUGGGCAUGCAGAAGUUUUCACACCACACAUUUUCAUCAGCUACUCCUUCC